CGGUGGAAAUCUGGGCAACUCGGAGCGACUCCGAGCAUUUCAGGCACCAUUCACCGGCUGCGGUAGGGGGUCGAAGCUUGCUGGUAGGGGGAGCCGGAGGGAGCCCGCUUCACUUCGUCAGACUUUCCUCUAAGCGCUACACAGAGAAGGAAAGCGGGUGUUUUCUUCAUGAAGCGCUUUGGUGUGUGAAGCACAGAAAGUGGUUGGUGUUGGACCCGGACUCUGGGAUAUUCUGUUGUUACGUCGUGGGGGGCGGGGAGGGGGGAAAACCCCGCUGCUGGUCUCUGCACAGAGCUGCAGCCACACUGGACAGUUUGAAGGAAACUACUGGAACUCGACCUGAGCUGGAAUAAAGACGCAUUAUUAGUGAGGAGAAAGUUGAACUCAGAGUAAGGCUUUGACAAAACAAAAUGGCAGCGAUGGAUGGAUCUGGAAUGGCAGGAAAGGGGCACUGAGCAUCCAGAGGUGCUAUCCAGAAGGAUGCGUUUAUGACCCGAGCCUGAGCAUCUGGGAGGUCAAGAGGUAACAUACCUCUGUAAAGCACCACUGGAAACAAAUGCUCUACUGCCAUGCUUCCUGGGCCAGCGUGUUCUGCUUCAGCGUUAAUGCUCCACACUCUGCGGUGCCUCCUGCUUGUUGCCAUCUUUGCUCGGCCAUUUAGUUCGCCAUCCAGAGGUGUUGCACAGGGAUCGGUGUCUUCCCACUCUGGCCUUUAUCCCACUUUUAAAUGGAACAACACGAUAUUCGAGCACCUGGCCCUGCAUCCUGACCCCAGUGUAGGAUGGGUCUACAUUGGGGCGCGAGAUCAGCUGUUCCAGCUAGAUCCGUUACUUCAGCUUAAGCUCCGGAACGACACUGGGCCCGUUAUCGACAGCCCGGACUGUUUGCCCCCUGUGACAGAAACCAACUGCCCCCAAGCGAAGGAAACCAGCAACCACAACAAGCUCCUGCUGGUUGACCCUUACUCUAUGGAACUUAUUACCUGUGGGAGUGUCAACCAAGGAAUAUGCCAGAAGCGUAACCUGACAUCAAUCAAUGUAGUGCUUUUUUCCACAGACAAGCCAGUGGACACUCAGUAUGUAGCAGCCAACCACCCCAAUGUUAGCACCGUCGGGCUUGUUGUUCGCUCUCAUCCUGGCAGACAGCCAGUUCUGUUUGUGGGACGAGGUUAUACCAGCAGCCAUCCACCUAUCUCCACCCGGAACUUAGCCCAAGCCCCCAUCUUUUCCUACGAGGAGACCGCCAAGCUGGCUGUCGCCGGCCGUCUCUCAGAAUACGAUCACCACUUUGUGGCCUCGUUCGCCCACCGGCACCAUGUGUACUUCUUCUUCUACAGGCGGGACCUGAAGUCACAGUCAAGGGAGUACCGCACAUACGUCUCGCGUGUAUGUUUGGAUGACCAGGCCUAUUACUCGUAUGUAGAGGUGCCUCUGACGUGUCGCUCCAGGGCCGGUAAAAUGUACAACCUCCUCCAAGCUGUCCAGCUCGGGUUCUCCAAGAACAGGGCUAAGGGUCAAGAUUCAGAAAUCCUUCUCGGAGUCUUCUCAACUCAUCUGACCUCAUCGUCUCAGCCGAGCGAGGACUCCGCUCUGUGCAUGUUCAACCUUAAAGAUGUGGACCGCAGGAUUAACUCAACUAGAGACCUGUGCUAUACACAAAUGGGUAGAGAAGGAGUAGCGGAGGCAGCAUACAUUGAAUAUGAAGUCAAGUCCAACUGUGCCAACCUUCCAGAGAACACUUUGGAUGCUUACCCCUGUGGAUCUGACCACACUCCCAGCCCCAUGGCCAGCCGGAUCCCGGUGCUAGUGGACACCAUUCUGGACAGCCCGUCUGCCCGGCUCACUGCUGUGGCUGUGAGCAUGAGGGAGGGAUAUACCAUCGCCUUCCUUGGAGACUCCAAGGGGAAACUCCACAAGGUUUUCCUGGGGCCAAACGGCGAGGUGGUGGAGUACUCGGUGGUCUCCAUCCAGAAGAACACGCCUAUCAGCUCGGACCUGGUUCUGGACCAGGAGGAGGAGCACCUCUUCAUCAUGACCCGCGACAUGCUGCAGAAGAGGCCGGUGGCCGAAUGCCACCAGCACCCAGAUUGCCACUCCUGUCUGCUGGCCCACGACCCCUACUGCGGCUGGUGCGUCCUGGAGGGAAGGUGUGUGCUGAGGUCCCAGUGCGGUCGUGGGGACCGAGCCGGCCAGUGGCUGUGGAGCUUCGACAUCGAGCAGCAGUGCCUGAGUGUUCAGGAGCUGAACCCGUUCAAUAUCAGCCGGGAGGAGAGCCGGAUGGUGACCCUGUCCGUCCCAGGACUCCCCGUGUUGGAACAGGGCGAGUCGUACUCCUGCCUGUUCCAGGACAGCCGCAGUCCUGCUGCCGUCACCGAGGCCGGAGUCACCUGCCAAUCUCCGGACUCCAGCAGAAUACCCUUGGUGCCUCCUGGACAGGAUUUCAUCACUCUCACCUUGUCUGUCCAUUUCGGGGACGUCACGGUAACAGCCAGGGACUUCACCUUUUACGACUGCAUGGCAGUGAAGCAGCAGUCUGGGAGCUCUCCCUGCCGUGGAUGCGUGCUGAGCAAAUGGGGCUGUAACUGGUGCGUUCACCAGCACUCCUGUACCCACAAGGCCGUGUGUGAGGAGGGCGCCAUCAUCUACAACCAGCACUUUAAACUCCCCACAUCUCCACCCCCCACCGCCAAACCCAUGAAAACCAUCCCAACCUCUACUACCACAGCGGCUACAGUCACCAUGACAACCUCCGCUCCUUUCAUAACGCCAUCAGCUACCACUGCCGCCACGACAAGCUUUUUUCCUGUUGCCAUAGUAACCAGCGGGGCGUUAGCCACCUCCCCCACGCCCAGCACUGAGCCCCCACAGCCCUCCAGCUCAGCUCCGCCCCCCGCCCCGCCCAGCAGGGCGGAGAGGUCCACUGCAGUGGGGGGGCUCGUCGUCGUCACCCGGAGCGAAUCUGAGCAAGUUGCCAUGGCGGCGGCUGAGGUGCUGCCCGUCACCGGGGCCGACGGCCUUAGUGGGGAUCAGGAAGCCGUGAUGCCUCUGGUCGUCUCGGACGUCUCCACCCUGAGCAGGGUCACACAGUCGCCCCCUAGUGAGGAAACAUUGAGCGUGACCUCACCUGACGAUGACCCCCAGCCCACAACCACCUCUGUGAGUGGAGCUGCUAUUACUGACCCCUCCCCCAGCCUGGACGUGACCCCCAGUCCCUCACUGAGCCCAGAAGAAGGCACCGAACCAGACCAUGACCUCGACCUUGACCCUGACCCGACCUGGAAGUCAAAUCAAGCAGAUGUGCUGCCUGAGGGCACAGAAGAGGACACAGCCAGGCUGUCAGGUGACGGCGAAGACCGUGACCCCCCCUCAUACGCCCAGCUGAGGGAAACAGACUCAAACCCUGAACUGGAUUACCAGGAUGAUCCAGCUGAUGCCUUCCUACCGGGCGAUGAGGGCCCCUACAUCAGCUGGGGCUCCUCCGCUUGUCCCUGUGUGGAAAAGGUCCAGGGCUCCUCCCUGCUGCCCGUCCAGGUGGAGAGGAAGAUCACGCUACUGGCACGCAACCUCCACCUGUAUCAGGAUGCAGAGCUGGACUAUGAGUGUGUGCUGGUUAUCGAGGGCCAGACGGUGGUGGUGGAAGCCUUUGUGGAGUCUGAUGACAUGAAUCCAUCCAGCUUCUACAUCACCUGUCAGCUGCACAAGUACUCGUACUCGGUAGCGGUGGAAGACUACAGCGCCAUGGUGUAUGUGAAGAGGAGGAACACGUUUCAUGUGGACACUGCUCCUAAUCUACACGUGACCCUGUACAACUGCUCCGUGGGCCGGUCGGACUGCAGCCGCUGCCACACCGCUGACCAGCGCUACGGCUGUGUGUGGUGCAGUGGCCACACCGCCAGAUGCCUGUACUCAGACUCCUGCAGUGAACAAGUCCAGCAGACGUGCCCGGCUCCCGUCAUCCACUCAAUUGAGCCGCUGUCCGGCCUGCUAGAGGGGGGCACCCUGGUGACCAUUUCUGGGUCCAACCUGGGCCAGAAGGCUGAGGACAUCGUCCACUCGGUGACGGUAGCCGGGGUGCCGUGUGCUGUCCUGCUGGACCUGUACGAGGUCUCCUCCAGGAUAGUGUGCCGGACCGGCAGCAGCGGCGGAGAGAAGGACGGCCCCGUGUCUGUGACGGUCAGUGGAGGGGCCCUGCGCAGCUCCAGCCAGCUCUUCAGCUACCAGGACCCGUCUGUCACCGCCGUCUCACCUGAAAGAGGUCCAAAGGCCGGAGGAACCACUCUGACCAUCAGCGGCCGGAAGCUGCUGACAGGCCUGCCCUCUGACCUCACCAUCACAGUGGGGCAGGUCCCCUGUAAAAUUGUGUCAGCGGUGCAGAGCUCCAGUGUUCAGUGUGUGACCGGCAGCAGCAGUGAGGCACGGAGGUUCCGGGUUACGCUGCAUUACGGCAGCACCCCUCGGCACCUCCACACACCCCUCUACAACUACACACACAACCCCAGCAUCAGCAGCGCCUGGCCAGCCAAGAGCUUCCUGGACGGCGGCCGCCUCGUCAGUGUGUCCGGCCACAACCUGGAUGUGGUGCAGAAGCCACACAUGGUGGUGAACGUCUUCUCAACCACGUCCGUCAGCCAGAGCAGGAGGAAGAGGAGGACAGCAGGGCCGGGGUGGGCUCCCAGGAAGCUUCAGGACCCAGUCUGUUGUAGAGAGCCACACUGCCCCAUUGCACAGGUCCUGGAGCUCUGUGAGGUGACCAACUCCUCCCUGAUCCUCUGCCGCUCCCCCAUCGUCAACUCUUCCAUUUUGGAUUCCAGCGUCUCUGUCCAGUUCCUGCUGGACAGCCUGUGCUUUAACUUCAGCAGUGUGAGCUCCCAGGCCUUCACCUACCAACCCAACCCAGUCCUGAAGCCACUGAACCAACAGGAUCCGCUGAAGGCGUACCGUUACAACCCCGGCAGCUUCAUCCAGCUGGAGGGGGACAACCUGGACCUGGCCAUCACCAAAGAAGAAGUGGUUGUGCUGAUAGGGGAGGGUGUGUGUGCUGUGAAGACCCUGACCAGAAACCAUUUGUACUGUGAGCCGCCACCUCAGCAGCCGAGCUGCAGGAAGUGUGAGGGUUCUGACAAUCUCCCAGAAUUCACUGUUCAGAUGGGCCACCUGAACAUCUCUCUUGGUAAAGUUCAGUACGACAACCUCAGCUCGCCCACCUUCCCACUGGAGGCCCAGAUCGGAGUGGGUGUUGGGGCGUCCAUAGUCGCCCUCAUUGUCCUCAUGAUUGUCCUCAUCUACAGGAGGAAGAGUAAACAGGCUCUCAGGGAUUACAAGAAGGUUCAGAUCCAGCUGGAGAACCUGGAGACCAGCGUCAGGGACCGAUGCAAGAAGGAGUUCACAGACCUGAUGACAGAGAUGAUGGACAUGUCCAGCGACCUGGUGGGCUCAGGUAUCCCUUUCCUCGACUACCGCAUGUAUGCAGAGCGCAUUUUCUUCCCCGGCCACCGGGAGUCGCCCUUGAGGCGAGGCCUGGACAUGCAGGAGUGUCGGCGGCAGACGGUGGAGCAGGGCCUCGUCCAGCUGUCCAACCUGCUCAACAGCAAACUCUUCCUCACCAAGUUCAUUCAUACUCUGGAGAGCCAGCGGACCUUCUCCCCCAGAGACCGGGCCUACGUGGCCUCGCUGCUGACCGUGGCUCUUCAUGGCAAGCUGGAGUAUUUCACAGACAUCCUCAAAACUCUGCUGAAUGACCUGGUGGAGCAGUACGUGGCCAAGAACCCCAAACUCAUGCUGCGAAGGACAGAGACGGUGGUGGAGAAACUGCUGACCAACUGGAUGUCCAUCUGUCUCUACACAUUCCUCAGGGACUCUGCCGGCGAGUCUCUGUACAUGCUGUUCAAGGCCAUAAAACACCAGGUAGAUAAAGGGCCGGUGGACGCCGUAACUCGCAAGGCCAAGUACACUCUGAAUGAUAACCGUCUGCUGCGGGAGGACGUGGAGUACAAGUCCCUGACGCUGAACGUGUUGGUGCAGGGUGGAGGAGUGAGCGAGACCCAACCGCUGCCUUCCAAAGUGCUGGACUGUGAUACCAUCACCCAGGUGAAGGAAAAGCUCCUGGAUCAGGUGUACAAGAGCACCUCCUUCUCCCAUCGGCCACACGCCGACUCCCUGGACCUAGAGUGGAGGUCUGGUGUUGCGGGCCACCUCAUCCUGUCGGACGAGGACCUGACGUCUGUGGUGCAGGGCAGCUGGAAGCGCCUCAACACCCUGCAGCACUACAAGGUCCCCGAUGGUGCAACUGUGGCACUGGUGCCGCGACACACCAAAAACAUUCACCAUGACAACCAUGAUUACAUCGCCGGAGAGAAGACUCCCAUGCUGGAGGAUGCAGACGAGGGCGGCGUGAAGCUGUGGCACCUGGUGAAGGCCAGCGAGGAGCCAGAGCUUCCUAAACACCGCCGAGGGAGCUUAAGGGAGCGGGAGCGGGCCAAGGCCAUCCCUGAGAUCUACCUCACCCGCCUGCUCUCCAUGAAGGGGACGUUACAGAAGUUUGUGGACGAUCUGUUCACAGUGAUCCUCAGUACCAGCCGUCCCGUCCCGCUAGCCGUCAAAUAUUUCUUUGACCUGCUGGACGACCAGGCGGGACAGCACAGCAUCACCGACCCAGAGACCAUCCACAUAUGGAAGACUAACAGCCUCCCUCUGCGUUUCUGGAUCAACAUCAUUAAGAACCCUCAGUUCAUCUUUGACGUCCAGGUGUCGGACCACGUGGACGCCGUCCUCUCGGUCAUCGCUCAGACCUUCAUGGACUCCUGCACCAUCGCUGACCACAAACUGGGGCGGGAUUCUCCCAUCAACAAGCUGCUGUAUGCCAGAGACAUUCCCCGCUACAAACAGAUGGUGGAAAGGUACUACGCUGACAUCAGGCAGACUAUAUCAGCCAGCGACCAGGAGAUGAACUCGGCGCUGGCCGAGCUGUCCAGGAAUUACUCCGGAGAGCUGAACUACCUGGUGGCACUGCACGAGCUCUACAAAUACAUCAACAAGUACUACGACCAGAUCAUCACAGCUCUGGAGGAGGACACGACAGCCCAGAAGAUGCAGCUGGGCUACCGGCUGCAGCAGAUAGCUGCUGCUGUGGAAAACAAAGUCACCGACUUGUGACAGAAGAGACGUGAUGGUGUUGGUGCUCUCUGCAGCAUCUUCACUCCGGCUACUCCAGGAGUCCUGAGUAGAGACGGGACAACAACAAAAAAAAAAAAAGGACAACAGAAGACACCUGGACAGAUGGAAGCAGGAGCGGUCUGCUGUCACUCCACUGAGGUUUUUCCGUUUUUCAUUCUGCUGAGGUCAAGCCAUGAAGAGGAGAACCUGAGCUGAUCUGAAGAUUGAUCACGUGGGAUCUGUUGUUACUUUCUCUAGUGUCAGUUUAAGGACACAGCUCUUAUUCUUUGUGUGCUUGUUGCUGCUGUAUGGUCGAGUGUGUGUGUGGGCAUGUUUUCCUGUUUGUAAGCUGUCUCAUUUCGAAUUUAAUGGUAUUUAGUGCUGGAAGCAACACAUUGGAUCUUAAUAUAAAGGCUACUUUACUUUGAGAACUGACCUUAAGUUGUAUUUUAUAUCUAGAAGUGAAAACAAAGCCUCGGUCUGACAUCCCACAUAAUCAAACAUCAGUAAUAAGUUGCUACCGCUCUACCUCAGCCCUCUGAGCUGCAUCAAUGAUGUUCGCUUUGUGCUUUUCAGCUGCUUCCAUCUACUAAGUGCAGCAGCUCUGCCCUGUUGUGCCCUCAGAACCAGCUUCAAACACACACAUUCUAGACAUUUCUGGUUUCUUUUUUUUUUUUUUUAAAGUUUUGUAGAAUCAUUAAAAAAAAUGUUUUUGUUUGUUUGUACACCUCUAGGUGUUCUUUUUUACGGUUUAACUUUAGUUUUAAAUUGUGACUCACUUUGUUUGACUGGAUCGUUUCUAUCGGAGGCAGGACUACUCUAUAGAUCCUGUCUGUGCAUUUCCCGUAUUGAGCGGCACUUUUUCAUACGCUGACGUUUUAUAUUUUCAACAAAUAUCAGUAAGGGUUAGAUUUGUUGUUCUUAGUUAAUGGCAGCUGCUAUACAGAAUACUCAUUAAAAUAUUUAUUCAACAAGAUGCCAACUUCACUGCUGAUCUGAUCACAGCUGGAUCGGAAAGAAGCCGAUGUUUAAUGGCCGACACCUUCCGCCAGAAUCCAAAAUAAACUGAAUGGACAGCAUUGUUUUUUUUGUUUUUUCCCAGAUGGCUCAUUCAUCUCUGUACUUUGCAAAACUUUGUACUACGACUGAUCUCAUCAGACAAGCAGCCUGCAGGUCUCUAGUGACGUUCCCAGACAAACUGCUGUUUAUCACUGUUCAGACGGAGUGAAGCUCACCGGUACCGACCUGAUGGAGGACUAACUAUUAGACACAUUCGGCAAUGUAGAGCAGGCUCUGCAAGGAGCAGUUUUAAUGUUUCACAUUUUGUGUUGCUGUUGUUGUACAUAUUGAUCCGAAAUGUAACCAUAGCGAUUUAACCUGUUGAUUGAAACAAAAAGUCCACAGAUAUAAUAAAAUAUUCCUAAAAUAAU